AUGCCCACUUCGGGAGAAGGACCUGCGAGGAGGCCGGGCUGCGAGAGUUGUCGUGCCAACGAGACCGGUGACAGUGUCAGACACCGUGGAGAGCCGCAGUAUGAGUUCUCCGAGUCGCAGAAGUGGUGUCGGUUAUCCGGCAAGAGACUCCGGUUCAUCGACGAAACAGCCGAAAUCAACAGCAUACACAACGACGGGUCCGAUUCCGAAGACGACACCCUCUCUGAGGUAGAUGCCAUCCUGACCAGCUCUACGGCACCAACCACAUCACAAUCCGUCAUCAAAGACGCUCGAAAUGCCCAUGUGACGCCCUUAGAAGACAACGGCCUGGUCCCGAUCCCGGUCAUACGCAGUCGCGAGGAACAAUCGCUUCUGCCCAUCGAGCGAGGCCAGCCCUUUCCCUUGACGAGUUUACCAGCCCCGGAACCCCAACCCGCAUUGCGGAGUCUGCCAUCGAAUUCCCUGAAUCUGAACCAUCUCGCUCAAAACGUCUCCUCAAACAUCCGAAGCCAGUUCCCAGGGCCGAUCGGCUCCAUCAGUGACAUCGGCAGCGGCAGCUCGGCCGAGGACCCGAGCCUUCCGGAGCCGCGUCGGUUCUUCGACAGUACCAGUCUUCCCCUGAGAGACCGUCGCGAGGCGUACUUGGUCCGGUUCUUCGUCGACCACAUCGCACCGCCUUUCGACUUCGGUGAUACUCUCAACCGGGUCUCGACGUUGAUCCCGCAGUACGCCGCUCUGAGUCCCGUUUUGCUCAAUGCCGUUCUCGCGCUGGCGGCCAAGUCCAACGACCGAGAGGGAAAGCUGGCUUUCUUCGACAAGCCGGCCAGUCGGUAUCAUGAUAUCGCCGUGGAUCUCCUCGAACCGGUCUUGAGCGACUCGCACUCAGAAGUUGACGAGAUUCAGUUUGCAGCGGCCGUACUACUGAGGAUCUAUCAGAUUAUCGACAGUACGUUCGUCGACUUCCCUUAG